UCUCCAGCUAUUUGGAUCUACACUGAGAAGCAAGCCUAUGCCACAGGAGAGGAUAUUACGUUCCUAGCGAUGUCUGAAGAGCCAGACCCACAUGAGUUUUAUUGGCAUUUUGGGGACCAAACAGCAGUUAGUACUCCAUCUGGGACAUUCAUUAAGAAAUACCUUCAUCCAGAUAGGUACAACAUCACUGUGUCCAGCAGCCUUGGCUCUGUUGAAUCUGACAUUUAUAAUGUAGUCAUUCAAAGAGCAGUGCAUCUCAACAGAUUGCUGUAUACUCGCUCCGUGUUGCUGAAUACAUCAGUGCCUUUUAGCUGUAGGAUCAAUGCUGGAACAGACGUCACUUAUCUCUGGGAUUUUGGAGAUGGAACACGAAGAGUUGGACAGGACACAGAGCAUCACGUGUUUAACAGUACAGGAGAGUUCAUAGUAGAAGUGACCGUCUCCAAUCUAGUGAGCUCGGCCUCGCUAAGAGGAUAUGUGUUUGUUGUAACUGAGCCAUGCCAACCUCCACCUGUGAAGAACAUGGGACCCAGCAAAAUCCAGGUGUGGCGAUACCAGCCUGUGUGCCUUGGUGUGACAUUUGAAGAGCAGAUCCAAUGCAACAUUUCCAAAGGUCUCCACUACAGCUGGAGUCUCUAUGGACCAACUGGAUUGCAACUCUUAACCACAGGCAUAAAAACAAACCAACAACAUCUGGAGCUUCCAGAAUACCUCCUUUAUUAUGGCACAUAUAGAGCAGUAGCUAAGGUUCAGAUUGUAGGCACCAUAGUAUACAGCACGUACUCAGUUCUGAUUGAGGUGAUGCCUAGCAGACUUGUGAGCAUCAUCAAUGGAGGCACAAAUGUAUUUAUCAACCGUCACAACAGCAACACAAACAUCACUCUGGAUGGUCGUAGGUCAUAUGACCCAGAUUUUCCCGAUAACAUUAUGAGUUACAGGUGGAAAUGUAGGCCAGUAAACACAGCCAAGACCUCCUGUUUCUCCAAGGAAAUUUCCACCUCCUCUGCACUGCUCACAUUUCCUUCAAGCACACUGAAUCCUAACUGUGAUCUGUUCAAGUUUACACUUAAUGUACAAAGUGGAGAUCGGUCCUCUUCAUCGGAGAUGUUCAUCACCAUGAAAUCUAAACCAACCAGCAUUGUUCAUGUUUCUUGCAUAGAGUGCAGAGAAAAUGCAAUCAACUGGAACGAGGGGUUUUCCAUCAAAGCUACAUGUGAAAGCUGUCCUAUAAAUGUCACCUACUUUUGGAAGCUGUAUUUAGUAAACGCAUCUAGCAAAAGCACACAAGAUGUGCCUUUCUGUGGCAGUUUGGAUAUAAGCUCACCUUCUAAACUGGAAGCAGACACACUUUCCAUUCAGCAGCUUGCCACUUCUGUUUCUCCAUCCAUCCUAAAUCCUAAAAGUUUCAGUGGGAAUGAAUUUAAGAUCACACAAGGCAGUGUUGUCAGUUUGCACAAAUGGGGACGUUCAGUGGAGCACCAGAAUCCAUCCCUUAUGGACCUGCUGUCUGAGACAGACAGUGCAUCAGUUGAAAUGGGCUCAGGUGUUGUGAAUGAGAUGGAUUUUGCUCUGUUCCAUCUUCCUGUUACAACCAAAGAUAAAAACCCUAGCAAGAAGGAGUCUGGAGCUGAAUAUCCUGAUGAGCAUGGAUAUCUAGAUUAUGAGGACUUUUACUCUGGAGUAGAAGAAGCAGACUCAGGGGUUUCUGUAGGCCGACCAACUGGGCCCCACAAUUCAGACAAUGUGAUUUCUCAUUCAAGUGAAUAUGAGGGUGACAACCUGGUAGGUCCUGGUAAUGUUGGUCAUGUGGUGUCUGAGAAAACCCUGCUGGAUCUUUACAAAGAGCUCAUCCAGCCUGCAUUUUUUGAAUCUUUCACCUCCACAGGGAUCUCCUCGUCUCUUGUUACUUUUAAACCCAUGAUGCUAAAGCCGAAAAGUCUUUACAUGCUGGAGGUCUCUGCAAAUUCUAAGCAGGUUCUGCAGGGAAAGACCCAGCUGUUCUUCUCCACACACCCUGCUCCUGAGGGAAUGGUGUGCCAUGUGCAGCCCAGCUCAGGUUAUGAGGUCCAUACAUACUUUGGCAUCUUCUGCACUUCUGGAAAAGAGGAUCUUUUGUAUGAAUAUAGCUUUAGAGUCGGAAACUCAAGAAAAAAGCUUCUCUAUAAAGGCAGAGAUUACCAGCACUAUUUUUAUCUUCCAUCUGGAGAUCCAUAUGAUGAUUUCAAAGUCGCCAUCUACAUUACAGUUGGGAACAGAUUUGGAGCAUCUACCAAGCCAUGUCUUGUGAAUGUCAAAGUGUGGCCGAGCUUCAACACUAAUUUAAUGUCUCUGUCCAAUCCAGAUCAGGAAUUGUAUGUGUAUGGGCUGAGUAAUCUAACCAACCUAAUAAUGAUGAAGAACACUCAAGACAUUAUUAAUUACAUCUUUCUUCUGACUUCCACAUUUAAACGCUUGAGUUUGGACACAGAAGCUCAUGUGAAACAACAGACACAGAUACGAGCUGCUCUUAUUUCAGCAGUUUGUCAACUGGAUCCAACAAACCAGGAAUUGCUGUUUGAUAUCCUUUACACUCUUUCGGAUCUUUUGAAAGAUUCCAAUCAAUCCAGCUUAGUGGAUUCACAGGUAUUGAAAUCUCUCAUGCGCAUCCUCUCGUAUAUCCUGGAAGCUCAGAUUCCUUCUUCCAGGUUAACACUUGAUGUUCUUCACACCACUACAGACUCAGUGUUGGCGAAUGGACAUGUUGGUGACAUGAAACUCUUCAACUGCAGCACCAAAAGAGAAAUACAAAUGAGGCACAUGUCCACUUCACUCAUCAUUGAGUUCCAGAAGCAAGAAGCAACAAAUAAAAGCACAGAGCUAGUAGAGUUCACACUCUCACGUUCUGAAGUGAAUACUCAUCAGUUCAACAUCACAGCCGAGCUCCUGGGGAAGGCUUUGGAGAUUAGAGUGGAAUUCAGAAAGCCAUCAAGACGUGCUUUUCCUAUCUUGCUGCUCUUCAGAAUGCAUCAAAGACCAACACCAUCUUUACACAAUGUACGCAAAGUCUAUUAUUGGAAAGGGCAAGUGGCUCAAAUCUUUCUUCCACCUUCAUCAUUAAAAGAUGCUGGUAUUGUGUAUCUGAUGAUUCUCAAUGCUGACUAUGAUAAAAGUGCUAGCAAUAAAUACGUAGCAGAUGAAGUGGACUACACACUGAGUGUUGAGUCCACUCAAUGCUUAGUUUGGGAUGGUGUGAAAGAGUGGAGAUCGGAUGGAUGUUCUGUGCUUCAAAGUUUCACCUCAACCAAAGUCAACUGCAGUUGCAACCAGCUGUCAUCAUUCACUGUUGCACAUCAGAUGGUUCAAAGCAUUCACAGUGUUUCGGACAUAACUGAGUACAUAAGUGUCCGUGCCAACCCGUUGGUGUGUAUAGUAAUUGUGGUGUUUGUGGCUUUCUACGCUGUGCUGUUGGUGUUUUGUAAUCAUGCUGAUGUUCAUGUGGAAAAGAAUUUGGGGACAUUCAUCCUGCCAGACAACAAUCCUUCAGACCAGUUCUUCUAUGCAGUUACUAUUAACACAGGCCUCAGAUCAAGGGCCAAAAUGACAGCAAAGGUUCAUGUAGUUCUCUAUGGUGAGAAAGGAGUAUCUCAGACAAGAGAGCUCAUCAAUCCUGACCACACAUACUUCACAUGCAAUUCCAGGACAACGUUUAUUUUAAGCUCCGCUCAGAGUCUGGGCAACAUAUGGCAGGUGUGUGUGUGGCAUGAUGCCGGAGGUGUGUCCCCCAGUUGGUUCCUAAAUCAUGUUUUAGUGAAAGACUUAGUAGAGGGAUCAAGUUGGACCUUUUUGGCACAUUGCUGGUUGGCACUGGAUGAAGGAGAUGGACGAGUGGAGCGAAAGCUGCUCGCUUUAGACCAACUGCUCACAUUUAAAGAGUUGCUGCAUCUGAAUCUUUCUGAUUGCCUAAAGGACUUGCACCCUUGGCUGGCUGUGUACAGUCGGCCAUCUUACAGUGCACAUACACACACACAGCGCUUGAGUGUAUGUUUCCUGCUUUUGCUGACUUACAUGUGUGCUAACUGUGUCCUCAUACACUUUCAAGAAGACCAGUGCUGGUUGGAGUCAGGUCUAACUGGUGUUUCACUGCUCUCCGUGUGGACGGGACUGUGUGCGCUUACUAUGCUGCCUUUAGGCUCUCUUGUGUCCUUCCUAUUCCGCAUGAGCACGCUACACAAAAAUAGAAGCCACUCAGGCGAUCAGUAUAAAGUCAGAAUGCCUUGCAGCUUCGCUUUGGAAGUUGAUCAGGAUGCAUUUCGGUUGUGGGACAAUGUGUCUGAGCAGAACAUUUCGUGGAGCCGAGUUUCACCGUGGAAAAAUAAACGUGAGAUUUUAAAAGAAGAUGAUUUGCAGUCUAGGUUCUCCAGCAAACAAGCAGAAAGCUCAGGACUGCAGAAACCCUCUGACUCUAUGAGUUGCAUUGAAAUUAUUGAAGAAAAUAUUCCAGUAAAUAGUUUCUCAAAAAGUAGCGUUCUUAGAAGAAGAAGAACUCUGCAAGCUUGCUGCUACUAUGGGACAUGGACUCUGUGGCUGUGUUUAUCUGUUACCUGUGUAAUCAUUACUGGAUUCCUCGGACUGAGAUUCAGCUGUACAAAGUGUGUACUGUGGAUCCACUCAACAUUUUUCUCUCUGCUCUUCUGUGCUUUUGCAGCACACCCAGCAAUGAUAUUUAUUGUUGCGGUAUCAGUGACUCUACAAUACCAAGGCCGAGGCUACAUAUCCCCAAACUCAGCUGUUGAUGAGCCCAUCGUAGAGUUGCUUCAAAAUAGCAGACACACUGGAGCCUGUGUGAAGAAACAAUCCAGCUCAUAUCCUUACACAGAGGAGAUCAGUAUGACUUUUAAAAAGAUGCUGGCAGCCCGUCAGAGAGCCAGAUACCUGCGGCUUGCGCGACCACCUACUUCCAGAGAGCUUCAAUUUGUUGCUAGUCAAAUUAAAAAAAGAACUCAUCUAAAGAAAGCAAUCAGGGAACUGGUGUUGUACCUGUUUGCUUUAUCUAUAGUUGGCUUUCUGGUUUAUGGAAAGUCCUCCUCUUCCUCCUCUAAUGAUCAGUUUUAUCUGAAUCAGGCAAUCAGAGCUUGCUUUACAGGGAAUCCAUCAAUCCAGAAGCUUGAGAACUGGUGGAACUGGACAGCAAACACACUUCUACAUAAGCCAUACCCAUAUUCCCAUAAUUAUAAUGGGUUGAAACACAAUGUGAAAACUGUCUCUCUAAUUGGAGAACCAGUCUUUAUGAAGAUGGAAAACGCACACAAUUCAUGUCAGUCUUCACCUGGAGCUCUAGCGUCUGUUUUCAGUGUUUUCACUAAACCUUAUCGAUGUGGGAAACGAAGUUGUUAUGAGGGACCAGAAUUGAAUGUCUCUUUAGGAAAAAACAGGUCUGAAGCAUCCAGAAUACUUAAGAAACUUUGGACAUCAGGCUGGAUAAGCAGCUCCACUCAUGCUGUAAUGCUGCAGUUCACAUUAUACAGCCCUGUUUAUAACCUCUUUACCACAGUCACCAUGCUUGGAGAAACGUCAUGCACGAGAGCUGUUCUAUCCUCGAUCUUCAUUUACUCGACCAGACUUCAACACACCACCUCUGCCCUUGAUUACUGCACUACAGGUGGAGAGCUUCUCCUGCUCCUACUCACUCUGCUUCAACUUUACUUUCAAACAUACGUCAUCGCUCAGAGUGGAUGGUGUUUCUGGACAGACUUGUACAACUGGAUAGAAGUGAUUGUAGUCCUGCUCAGUCUUCUGUGCUUCGCCUGUUCGGUGCAUUGCUUUAUGCUGAUCAUAGGCACAGUGGAACACCUGCAAAGAGACGAUUUUAAGACAUUUGUCGACAUAAGUCCUGCUGCCUUUUGGGAACAGUUCACUCGAUCACUAUAUGGACUACUUAUGCUUAUUCUUAUAAUUAAAUGCUGCUCUAUGCGACACUUGAAUGAAGUCAUAACCACAGCUGUAUCUACACUGCUGGUCAUCUUCUCCAGCCUGCUUUGGCCUCUGAUUACUGUUGUGAUCCUGGCUUUUGCUUUCUCUUUCCUUGGAAAUCUGUUUACCAUGAAAAAAUCGAUUUAUUCUGUUAUCACACAAGGCAUUGGACAGCUUGGUGAAUUGCACAAAAAUCAAGCUUCUUGGAUGCUUUGCUGCUAUGGAGCAUUAAUCUGUGUAGUGUCUUUUGCAGUGAAAGCAAUGGUAACAGGUGUACUCAGUUCAGUUGUGAAAAGAGGAAAAUAUAAAAGGAGAAAACAUCACGUGUCUGUCUCGGAGCUCUGCACCUACAUCCGAGAUGUGGCUCUGGGACUUUUUGGCAAGGGCAGGCAGAAAUGGAUUGUUCAUACCAACAGUAAUAAUUUUGUCCUGGAAGAGUUUGAGGAUCUUGUAGAUGAGCUCAUGCUCAAGCUCAAUGUCAUUUGCAGUAGCGAUGAAGACCAGGACAACUAUGAGGACCCGAGUCACCUCCCAUCAGCCUAUGACUUCAGCUUAGAGGCUGAUGAUGAAAAUAAAAUGGAGGAAAUAGAAACAAAGCCAAGUGGGUGCUGUGAAAUGUUAUACCCUCAUGAAAAAAGCAGCCUCAGGUCACUGUUUGAAUGGAACACCCUGCAGCACUUGAGACAAGGAGGGGAAGCGAUUGGUGACUUGGCGUUUUACGCAGAGCAAAGAGCCUAUCAGAACAUCUCCUCAUCCCCUCUAAAGAAGUUAAAGGACUAUCAAACGUCUCUUUGCACAAAUCAAACCAUCAGGGUUUAUACUGAAGGCAGUGAGAGCUUAAAAGCAACUAGAUCACUCCCAAUGGGCUUCAUAUCUCCGACUGGCAAGCUGACAAACCAAUCAGUUCACAGAAAGAAAAGUAGACAGAUCAGUUUAUAUGAAUCAUAUGUAGAAGAACAAGAAAAACAAGCUGAAGAGGAAACUAUAAAUAUUCCUGGUCAGUGUUGUUAAUGAUUUUAGCAAUUUAUGUUAAAAUGAUGAAAUUCAAAAAAUCAUCAAUAGAAACUUGAAUUUAUGCACAAAUCAGAAUUUCAAUGUUAUUACUCUGAAUAUAUAGUAUGGAAAAUUCUGUAUUUAUAUAAAAUGGAUACUCUUAAUGCUUAAAUAAGAUGCGUCACAAUAUUUAUGUUUCUUGCGUAAAAAAACCCAAAAUUUUUAAAGUUGGUUAUUUUACUUGUUGCCUAUGAACAAUGAAAAUGACUAUAACAAAUAAUCUCAAUGUCCUUAAAUGGUAAAUAAGAUUAAUUUGGACAAGUUUGUUAGAGAUUACAAUGUGGGUGCAGUGGUUUAAUUGUAGUAGUAUAAUCUUGGCUAACUAGUUUCAGCGGUUUUAUAAACAUUCCUUUUGUUUUGUAUGCAACAGACUACAAACAGUGUGAAGAUUUACUCUGAUCAAACAACAUAUAUAAAUGUACAGAUUUUAAACGUUACAUCCAUCAAAAAAUCAUUCCUUAGCAUGAAUAAGAGCUUUAUAUACUCUUGGACAGUGAAUUUCUCAAAACUUGUAGCUGAAAUACUUUCAUGCCUUGUGUAAAAAUUGUGAAAGGUUCUCUUUGCUAGUUGGAUAUUUCUUUCCAGUUCUUCCCAAAAGCAGGUUUAGGGCUGGGCAGGCCAUUCCAUGAUAGAUAACACUGCAGCCAACUGAGCUGGAAUGUGUGCUUUGGGUCAUUGUCUAAAGUUGGUUCUAAUUAGCCAUAGUCCAGACAGAAUUGCAUGGCGUUGAAGCAUACGAUGGUUAGGUCAGUAUUCUUUUCAGCCAGAAUUAAUCGCCAACCCUGCCCGCUUCAAAACAAACUUCUGCCACCUCCAUGUUUGACUUUAAGUGUAAGGCAAUUUGUCUCAUCUAUCCACAAAACGUUCUUCCAGCAUUUCACU